CUGCCAAAAAAAAAAAAAAAACUCUUCUUGAAGAAGAUAACCAAAAUCAAACAUAACAAAACAGAGCUAGGAAGAAAAGUUUCAAAAGAAUACAAAAAGGAUCAGUAAGAAAGAGAGAAAGAUGAUGGGAGAUGUGGUUUUGUUCAUAGAGAACGACGAGAAGACGAAUUCAAAUAAACUGAGAAUCACGCGUUGCAGAAUCUGUCAUGACGAAGAAGAAGAAAGUUUCUUCGAAGUUCCUUGUGCUUGUUCAGGCACCGUUAAGUUCGCACACAGAAGCUGCAUACAACGUUGGUGUGAUGAAAAAGGAAACACAACUUGUGAAAUCUGUCUUCAGGUGUAUAGAGAUGGAUACACAGCAGUUUCAAAACAAUAUAAAGUGAUUGAAGAAGAAGAAGAAGAAGAAGAAGUCACAAUCAGAGUAAAUGGACGACGAAGAAGAAGAAGUAGAAGAUUAGUGUCUAUAGCUGAAUCCGAUUUGUCUCAGUGUGAAUCUGUUGCUGAUAGAGGAGCUUCCUUUUUCAGAUCAUUAACUUUUACUCUUUCAGUGCUUUUGCUGAUGAAACAUACAUUCGAUGUGAUUUAUGGAACCGAAGAGUAUCCAUUCACAGUAUUUACGGUACUAACAUUAAAGGCCAUUGGGAUACUAUUGCCAAUGUUUAUAAUAAUUCGAACAAUCGCAGCUAUUCAAAAAACUCUUCGUCGUCUUCAGUAUCAUGAAUCUGAUGAAGAAGAUACGUUGAGCUCUGAGUCUGACGACGACUACAACUUGGAAGAAGAAGAAGAUGAUGAAGAGCAACAACGACAUUUGGCUUAAACCUGCUACUUAACCAACUUAACGCAUUAUGUUCUUUCUUUCUAAUUCUUCUUUUUUCUUUUACGAAAUGCAUCUAUUCGAUGCUUAUGGUCAUUACAAAAUUUACAAAGUAUAGUUAAAAAAAAAAACGUAAAUUUACAUAAGAAAGUCAUGUUUUUAUUAAUU